CCUGACUAUAUAAAGUAAGACAUAGAAAAAGAAAAGCGUCAGUUGUUCAACAAAUCAACCGAAUUCAACAUGAAGCUGUUCAUUAUCGCCGCUGUCUUAGCCGUUGCUACCGCUGCCAGCUACAAGCCGGCAUACAAGCCACCCACCUACUCCGCACCGGCCUACUCCAAACCAGCCUACUCUGCCCCAGCCUACUCUGCCCCAGCUUACUCUGCCCCAGCUUACCCAGCACCUGCCUACUCUGCCCCAGCAUACAAGGAUAACAAAUACGCUGACAUCACCAUCACCAGCCAAUCUGAUGAGCGCAAUCUCGAUGGCAGCAGCCAAUGGAGCUCCGCCCAGUCUGACUACACCACCCGCGAGGAAUCUCAGGUCCAGAAGAAGAUGCAAGGAGUCAAGUAUGACUCUUACGGCAAAGCCACCUACGAGGACGUUAUGGGCAACACCAACAAGGGAUCUUCUUACUGGGUUUCCCCUGAAGGCCAGAAAUUCACUUUGACCUGGUCUGCCGAUGAUGCCGGUUUCCAGCCAAAGGGUGACCAUUUGCCCGUCGCUCCCGUCCAUGAAUACGAGCUCCCAGUUGCUCCCGUCCAUGAAUACGAACUCCCCGUUGCCCCCGUCCACAUUCCCUUCAACGGAAAGGGCUACAAGAUCUAUUAAGUUAUUGAUAUUGACCUGAUUGCAAAAUUAAUUUAUUCUCAUGUAUUCUCUGCCAUCGACAUUAUUAUGUGUUUGGUGUCGAUAAAUACGUGUAAAUACAAAAACAAAUUAUCAUUUUAA